AUGAUUGAUAAUAAAAUAACUACAACAAUUAAAAUGUACUGUGUAAAUACAACGGUAAACAAUAUCGCUAUGUUCACAGGUCUGAUCGAACCACAGAUAGGUAUCAAAUAUCUAAUUAGGUACCUGUUUGUUGAACUUCCGAAGUGACGAUUCAAAUAGAAAAGCUUUCCUUCGAUGACCACCUCACCUCCACCACGGUUAAAAUGACCGCCGACGGGUUGGGUGUAAGUUUGAGAGUCUUGUCGUGACUUCGUUCGUUGCCGCAGCACUCCCGGGGCUCUGCUGUAUACGUACGUAAAAUCAAUGAUUUAACAUAGUUGCCAGCUUUCGCAUUUAGGUCAUUCCACAGAUUCUCUGAGCGCUGCUGUCUUUGGUGUCUUGCGCGGUCCGUUCGUAUGUUAUAUUAUACCUAUACAUAAUAUUUCCCUUGGGCCACGCCUUGACUCACCCAGCUCGUUUGUACAGAGUAGAAUAACGUCGCGCAGUCGCUGCACUUCGUUAUCGAGAAUAUUUAUUUUUUGCUGCUGGGUGCUGCCUUAUUCACUUUACUAAGGUCUUUUAUCCAUCGAUCUUCGUCGUAUAUGUACCCCCGUAUCACUGUGUAAAGAAUAAUUCGUUAUAAUAUACUUUGCGCGAACUGUAGUUGGUCAUUUCACGCGAACAGCGUACCUAAGUAAAGUGCUACCACAGGAUGCAGCAACCGAGCAGGAAGCCAUUGGAAAGCAUUUUAUACCUUCAGACCGGCCUGUCCGUGGCUGUACAACGCGAGACAAUAAAGGUAAGUCACCAUCAUUAUCUAGUUAGUAUUUCAAUUUUUGAAUAUGUACAGGCUCAUUGUCAUUUAUAUAAUUAUUCCAUCUGACCACGGUGGUGUAUCAUUAGCGGUCAAGUGAUUUUUGUUAUGCGGGGAGGGGAGGAGGGAUAAUGCUGAUUUUGUUAACAAUUAUUAUAACUUAUAUUCUUAUAAUUUUUUUAUAAAUCUGUGUGUAACAUAAUAAUAUGCUUAUAUGUAUAUUAGAUAUAAUCAAUGUAAAAAAAAAAGGUGAUUUGGGGGAGUGAUAUCCCUCGCAUGUCCCCUCCCUCUCUUUUAGCCCGUCACUGGUGUAUACCCAUAUGAUACUUGAAGAGAAGCCCCACCCAGGAUCAAUAUGCGCGAGAAUUUGCGUCAUUCUAUCGCACGCCCCAGAUAUUUAGGUAGUUCUUAGUGUUUUCACACUAUACAAUUUCAUUUAUCAAUGAUUAUUUUUUUAUCCAAACCAAAAAAUCCGAGAAAUUAUCUGAUUCUGCUGAUGGGUUUGUCGCUGUUAUAGGCGGAAGUUGGAGAGGAAGUAUAAUUAUACAUAAAGAUUAAUUUAAUUUAUGUUUGUACACUGUACACUACAAUAAAUCACUGCCAACAAUAAACGAUUCUGAGCGAGUUCAGUCAAACACAGAGUUAGAGAGAUAUUCUGAAACUGAUUUUUACAAUUUACAUCAACAUUUUAUCUUUGAACACUUUGAACUGAAACUGAAAAAUCACAUAACACUCUAAAAUUACAUCACUUAUGUUACGCAUGUAACAACUUAUACCAACAUACAAUUUAUUUUAAUGCCCUAUUCAAGUAAAAUGGCCUCUACCUAUAUACCCAGUAAAAAUCUCAAAUUUUCAUUUUCACAAAUUAACAACAAUAUUAAUUAUUAUUAAUUUACUGUAUUUUAUAACUUAUUAAUAUAUUAUUAUGGAAAUUGAAAAUUUAUUCCUCCCAAAAAAAAAUUCCAUAUGCUGACAAUCCGUCCUUGGUAUUUAUUUUUUUUCAACACGUUUUGAAAUAAUUUAUGAAACAUAUAAGUAACAGAAAAAAAAAAAUAUCUUUUUGUCAUAGUUUUAGUAUCAACUUUUAAAAGAUGAAAUUUUCAAUUAUUUUUAUAGUUUAAGUAUUAAUAUUAAAUAUUGAUUUUUUAAUUAUAAUUUUAUUUUUCAAUUUUUUUAAUUAUUUUGACUAAAAGAUAUUUUAAUAUUAUUAUUUAAACUAUCUAUACUAUUAUAUUGCAUUUUUUAAAUUUCAAAAAUAUAAAUUUUUUAGGUCAGUAUUACAAUAUUUUAGUGAUAAGUGAUUAGAAAAAUGUAAGGAAAAAAUAAAUCUUAUAAAAAUAUGCUUUAAAAAAAUUUACUGGGGACAAAUUAUCCAUAUAUGACAUUUUUACAUGGGGACUAAUUGUCCUAGAUCCCAUUAUUAUAUAUUAUUAUUUAUAAUACUAAAAACAAAAUUAAACAAAUAAUUUCAUAGUAUUAAUUUUAUAAAAUAUAUAUAUAUAUAUUUUUGUAAAAUUUAAUUUAUAAUAAUAAUAACAAUACAAAUGUUUUUAAUUGAUUUUAUUGAAGCAAAUUUAUCCAUGCUAUUAUUAAUACUUAAGUAUUAAGAGUUAAAAAAAAAAAAAAAAAAAAUUAAACAGAAAAAUACAAAAAUCACACUAAAAUAAUACAUCCAAUACUUGCAUUCUUAAAGUUACAUUCAGGAUCUAUAAGAGCUUAAUAAGUAAUUAUAGGUGAUGUUGUAUAUUGAUUUAAAAUUUAUUUUGUUAACAAAAUAAUAUAUAUACUUAGUACCAACUAUUAUUGAUUAAAUUUAUUAUAAGUACUUAAUUUUAUGGUAGAUGUAUAAAACAAAUUAAUAAAAUACAUUUUUUGUUACAGGAGAUAGUUUAUCCUUCAAAUCGUAUGUAUGAACCUUCAAUUUUGAGUGAUCCAGCUUCUAAGAUUAGAAUUCGAUGGGAUUUAACCAUUUUGGGAAACCGCUUAAAAACAUUUAGAAAAGGCUGGAAAAUAGACUUUAUUUCAUCAGCUGAAAUGGCUAAUGCAGGUUUUUACUAUACUGGAACACAAGAUCUCGUGAAAUGUGUGUACUGUCCAAAAGCUUUUCAAUAUUGGAAACCAGGCGAUAUUCCUCAAGUUUUGCAUAAACGUGAAUCUCCAGAUUGCCCAUUUUUCAAAGAUAGCCAAGGUACAUAAUUAUAACAUAUAUAUAUACUAUAUUUAUAUAUCAGUGGUGUUUUUUAAGGAAGGGAUGUGGGUUAUAAACUAUACCUCAAAGAGGUUUUUAGAAUCAGUAGCGCAACCAGAAUAUUUUUAAGACCCCUUUCUCCUCCUCUUUGGAAGGGCUUCCAGAGUUCUUUAAAGAGUAGCUCUUUCACUGAAAAUUGAUGUUUACAGGUUUUUAAUCACUUAAUAAAAUAUUAAAAAAUAAAUAUAAAUGAUUUGACAAAGGUGGAAAUCAAAAAAUAGAAUUAUUUUAACAUUAUUAGUAUGAAAAAUUGAAACUAAAAAAAAAGAGCUGAUACUGAGGACAGGUGCAGCUACUGUAGUAGGUGGGAAGUGUUGUAUGUGGGUAGUUGGAAAAGUAGGAUACAUAAAAUUAUUUAAUUUAUAUCUACACAGAGAUAAUUCAUUAACCAUUAAUAAAUCAUUGAUAAUGAAAAACUCAGUCAGAUAUUUUUUGAAAUGUCAUAAUUUUAAAAAUUUCCGUCAAAAUUUGAUCUUAAAACAAUUAUGAAAAAAAAAACUAAUGCAUUAAACUCAAAUUUGUCUUUUAGACCAAUAUGUAAAACUUAUAAUGUACAUUAUAUUAAAUUUUCAAGUAUGUGUCUUAUGUCAUUUAAUUUUAAUAACAGAUGCCUACAAAAUAUAUGUACACAUAAAACACAAAAAAUAUCAAAUAUCUUAAAUAGCUAGAAUAUUUUGAAAAUUUUACCACUUCUACAAAAGGUCAAUAUAAGUAUUUAGUGAUAACAAUAAGUUUCUACAAUAAUUUUUAAUCGAAUAACAACAAAGAAAUAUUUCUUAUGGUUUUUCAUAAUAAAAUUGAUCAGCUAUAGAUUGUGGUUUAAAUUCUACUUCCGUGUAGGGGGGGAUUUUGAAACAUAUCACUAAUCUCUAGUGACUAGUAAGAGUCAAGAAAUGUAUUAUUAUUAUUAUUAUUGUUAUUGUUGUUAUAAUUAUUAUUUAUACAUAAUUAGUACUACAAUAGUAUUUAUUUUUUCUAUUUAAUAAAAUAGACAUCAUAGUAAAAUUAAUAGAUACCUCUACAGGCUCUGAAUCUAAUGCAUCCACCAUCUUUGAUAUUAAAUAAAACCCAUUUUUGUAUAAAAAUUAUUUUUCUAUUAUUAUUAUUAUUGUUAAGAAAAAAGGUUUUGCCUUGAAAUCCGAACCCUAUUUAUUAGUUGGUUCAAUUAAUAUGAGUAAUGAAAGUAUUUUAAUUUUGUACAUUAUUAAUUUAGCUACAAAUUUAAUAUAAUAAUUGAAAUUUCACAGUUUUAGGAAGAAAUAUUUAGCUCGUAGGAGUGGUAGCUGUCCCAUCUGCCCCGCGUGCGCAUACCUAUGAUGGGGAGGGAGAGUGAAAUAAUUUAAUUUAAUAUUAAUGACAUACUUUGAACAAUUGGUGGACCACUGUUGUAGAUAUGAAGUUGGGAGAAGUUAAAAAGGUAUAUGACAUAGAGGGAAAUUUAAUAUAUAUCUGUAAUCAAAAUUUAAUAAUUGCUAACGAAAAAGGAUUCUGAGUGGAGUUCUGUUAAUAAUAUUGUUUUUUCAACAAUAUAUGUUAUAUUAUAGUAAAAUAAAUAUACAAUGAACACAAUGAAUUACAUAAUAAACACAUUGUUUCGUGUAAUUAGUAAACAUAUUUUCAUAUUAUACUAUUUUAUAUUUUAAAUUAAUCUAUAAUAGUCACUAUGAAUAUUUGUUCUACAUAAUUUUUACUAAAGCAAUUUUCGUCAAAACAAUUUUACCGAAAUGUAAGACUUUCUGUUUAAUUUUUAAGCAUUUCGGUUUUGUCUUAACAGUUUUACUCACAUACCAAAUAAAAAUUACUCAUAAAAUUAAAGUGUCGAUUAAUAGCUUAACAGCGUGAAAAUAGGCAAACAUAAGUUUUUUGCCCAAAUUUCAGGUCUCUAUGAUUAUUUAAACUAAACAAAUAACACCGUUGAAAAUAAUAAGAAGUAUUAUUACAUAUCGGGGGAAGAUUGCUGGUAAAAAAAUGUUGUCAUAGUUUUUAAAAAAAAAAUAAAUAAUAAUAAUAAAUAUCUUUGUAAAAUCAAUACAUUCUUUGCUACGCUCAAAAUCUAAAAAAUUAUAUCAAAUAAUAUAUUGGUUAUAUCUAUUAUAUCUACCAAUGAUUUUGCCAAAUGCCAAUAUAAGGGGGGGAGGGUGUGUUCGCCCCAUCACCCCACCUCAGGAACGCACCUGCAACUGCUGUAGUGAUAAGAAACAAUUUUCAUGAAAAAUGUAACUUAUUAUAAAAUAGUUAAUAAUAGAAUAUCAAAUUGUUAAUGGGUUACGUAAAGAAAAUUUUAAGAAAAAUAUUGAAAAUAAAUGUCCUAGAAUAAUGAAGACUGGUGCAGUCGUUGUUAUAAGUAAUUUAAUGUAUAUCUGUAAGUAAUGAUAAACCAUUGCUGACGAAAAAAUGAUUCUGAGCGCAGGUGAGUUGAUAGCAUCACUAUGCUUUGUCAACAAUGUAUAUGUCAUAUUAUAGUAAAAUAAUUAAAUAGGCAUUAUUUAUUUGUUUUUUAUUGUACUGAUUUUACCUUUUUUCCCGCGUUUUUCCCGGUUUUUCUCAUUUUUCUGGGAAAACUUGAAGAGAAUAUCGAAACAUGGCCUCCCUAUAGUAUCUCUCCAGUCAGAUAGCCUUUUAAAAAAGUGUAAAAAGUAAAAAAAUUGCUGGUAAAAAAAUUGACUACAGAAAAAAAAUCUUAAUUUUUUACUAAUAUAUGUAGUACAUUUUCCCGUUUUUCACGAAUUUUUCAACUCAUUGGGAAAACUCCUGGGGAAAUAGAAAUAUGAACUCCUUAAAGUACCUCUCCAAUCAGAUUUCCUUUUAGAAAAAUUGCUAUCAUUUUAAAUCGGGUCAAAAUUAGUGGUAGAAAAGUUUUACGCAGAAAAAAAAAAAUCACAUUAUUAAUAUUUUUUUAUUAAUACCUACCAUUAAGUACAUUUUCUGUUUUACCGACAUUUUAUCACAGUUUUUCUCAGAUAUUAUGAAAACCGCUUGAAAAAUCAAAAAAUGACUUCUCUAAAUUAUCAUGGAGAUAAAAUUUUCUUUCAGAAAAUAAGUUACACUUGAUACAUCAGAGCAAGAUUUCUGGUAGAAAAGUUUGUACAACAAAUCGAUGGGUAAAGUCCAAGGGGGUGAUAGCUUGGGUUUCUAAAUACACCCAAAAUGCAUUUGUUUUUUCCUUGUUUAGGUAAAAAGGGGAAAAAACCGAAAACAUUUUUUUGUCACACUGGUUUGAAUUCUGAACCCCUAGGAUGAUAAUAAACGUAAAUAACCAUUAGAUCACAACAAAUAUUCUUUAUGAAGGACAAUAUAGAGUAAUUUAAUAUAACAUAUAAUAUCCCUAUAAUAUCAGAACUUUAAAAAUCUAUAAUUUCGAAACUUAGUCAGUCCGCUCAAUUCUGACUUCACCAUCGUUAUAAAAUCAGCAAUACAUAUUUGUUCAAACACAAAAUUUGGAACAUUAUACCUAGUUUACAUUCAGCCGCAGCCAUUGCUACUCGCGCUGCUGCAUUUACUCCUCAAAAUACUUCUGUGACAGCAGUGAGUGUUUACAUUACAAAAAAAUAUGUAUAUAUUUCAUUUUUAUUUUUCCCAAUUAUAUUAUCUAUAGUUACUACAUAGUAUUAUGUUACAAUUCAACAGUGAUUGUGCCACAUUAUGUAUUGUGUUCUUUGAAAAAAUAUUUAGAGUAAUCAACAUAUUAUGUAUUGCACAAUUUAAAAAAAAAAAAAAAUAUUUUAUUAGAGGUUNAGAUGUUUCUAAAUUUAAAGAUGUUUCUAAAUUUAACAGGUUUAUUAUAAGUUGUACAUAGAGGCCAAACACAAAUAAUUGAUUGUAAUGUAUUUUUUUUUUUACCGAGUUAUAUAUAAAAUUAAUAUUUCAAUAAUUUGUAUGAGCAAAUACUUAUUUUAAAUUGUUUACUUUAAUAUAAUUUAUACCUUUAAAGUAAUAGUAAAUAUAAUUGAUUAUUAUAGUUUACAUAAUUGUAAUAUAAAUUAUUAGUGAUUGGUAUUAUAAUAUUUUGACUGCAAAAAAUAUUAAAACAUUGACAUAGGGGAGAUGGUUGAGGGUUAAAUACCCCCCCCACAGAUCAAACAGAUAUGUUUCUAAAUUUAACAGAUUUAUUAUAAGUUGUACAUAGAGGCCAAACACAAAUAAUUGAUUGUAAUGUAUUUUUUUUUUUUUUUAUGAGUUUUAAAAUAAAAUUACACUUUAUUAAAAACUUUGUCAACUGUAUAUAUUUUUAAUUUUCAAAUAAAGUUCAUUAUAUAUAUUAAAUAAAUUAUAUUCAUCUAUAUUCAACCAAACUCGCUUAGAAUCAUAUCUGUUUGCUUGCAGUGAUUUAUGGUUGGAUACAUUACCUUUAUAAACUAAUCAUUUUUUAAAAUUAUUUACUAUUAGAACAUUUGUGGUUUCCAUAGAUGUGUAUUUAUUAUAAAAUACUUAAUAUAAUAUUAUUACCAUCAAUUAUUUCUAAUAAACGUAUUUAAAUAUUAUACAAAUAGUAAAUAUCAAAUUAUCACCUACAAUGUUUUGAAAUGAUUGAAUUCCAUUCAAUAUAUUUUCAGUUUGUUCAUUAUUUUCAGUUAGCAACUUAAUGAUUUGGUCUUCACCAAGAUCAGCAUUAUCUUCUAUACUACAUGUUUCACUGAAUUUAAAUUAUUUCCCACAUUACUACACAUUUAAUUUCAUUGCCAUAAAUGGUGUAGAGCAAUUAGUUAACUUAAAUUUAAAUGCAUGCAUGAAUAUAUUUAAUUUAAUUUGUUAAUUUUCAUUAAACAAUUUGAUUAAAGGAUUAAUUUAUAACAUAUAUAUUUACCUGCAAACAGAGCUGUCAUUCCCAUUCAACAAAUGAACAACUGAUUCGUUAUUUAACUGUUAUAAUUCUGAAAAAUCUUUUUCAAUGAAGUUCACUGAUUUUAACAUAUUAGCUCCAUUGUCUAAUGUUAUGGUAUAAAUCUGAUCAGAUUCAAUAUUAUAUUUUUUUUAAGACAUUUAAAAUAACUUCUUUUAAAUGUAAACCUAAAAUAUAAUUACAUUAGCUAUUUAUUUGUUUUAUUUAAAAACUAUUUUCAUUAAACUAAAAUACUAUAGUACAACCUUAUAUUUAAUUUAUACCUGUAUGUAAUUAUGUAAGCUUAACUAAGCCAAGAGCUCUGAGGUUGAAAUAAUUAUCCACAGUAUAUUGUAUAUUAAUUUCCAAAAAUGAUUGAUUUAGUCGUAUCACAGCAACCAGUUUCACGGCAGCGUUAGUGCGAGGAGCAUGAUCAGCGCGAGUGACGUGUUUACAUACUCGCGCUGCCCAUUUUUAUGCUCACUUCCCUGCUCACUGCCACGGGAUUGGGCUGUAUGUAAACUAGUUAUUAGAUUUUUUUGACAUAAUUUUUUUCUUAAAAAAUGAUUUUCAUCAAAAUUUGAUAUUAAAAUUCCUUUAUAUAAAAAAAAAUACUGAAAUAAACUCAAUUUUUUUAAUUUUAUAGGAGAGUUAUUUGUGUAUUGAAGUCGUUUUGGUAUUUUUUUGGAUGCGGCUAGUGUCGUCAAGUGGUUCUAAUAAAUAUAUUUUAGCAUGUAAAUUAAUAUUUUUUCAAAAUUGUCAUUAGUUCUGAAUGAUAGUAAUAUUUUCUUCAAUGUAUUCGCAGCGUUAAUUGAACCAGAUGCACACAAUUUAGGAUUUUCUAACACUUUUACUAAUUGUUCUACAGGACUAAAGAUAUGUAUUGGAAUAGUAAAAAAAAAAAAAAAACAUUGUUUUAAAUUUUUUUUUAUUUUUUCACAUAUCCUCUAGUGUUGAUCUUUUAUUAUCUGCUAUACAAACACUCCCUGAAAGUAUUUUAUCUAAUGUUUUUUUCAUUCUGUUAUAGUUAUCUAAAAAUCUUAAACUUUUAACUCUUAAAGACCAUCUAGUUGGACAAAAUGUAAGUAGAUUUUUUUUUAUACUGCCAAUAUCAGAGGAAUUGUAACAUGGCAAUGUUGUUCAUGUACUGUAAUUAGUAGUAUGAAACUAUGAAAUAACAGUCUUAAUUAGUAUAUGAUUUAAAAAUUCGAAUUCACUUUUAUUUAAAUUAAAUUUAACAAUCAAUUAUAAGUGCAAUGUCCAUACUAUAAUAUUAAUAUAUUUUCUACAAGUAGGUAAUCAUUAUAUUAAAUUAUUUUAAUUAAAUCCAGUUUUGGUGCCUAUAACAUAUUUCGUACUAUGGUCUUCAUUCAUUAACAGCAUAAGUUGUUGAAAUAUAUUUUUGUAGGAAAUAAAAAAUUAAUAUCUAAAAAUUAAAAUUUAUUAUCUAUUCAACAAUAAUAUUGUUUUGUUAACUCGAAACCAGUUUGAUUUAUAUUGAUAGUUGAUAUAUUACUAAUAUUAUUAUUUAUAACAAUUUAUUUUACUGGGCAUCUACCCAUCUUAGUUGUAAUUAAUCUUAAUUACAAAUAAUAAAACAAAUUUACUUGAAACUUAAAAGUAUGUCUUAAACUUAACUCGUUUAGGUAUAAGUUCCUGAAUUUUCUCCAGUGUUUUCGGUUUGAAAUAGUUUUUGAUAUUUUUUGGGUAUUGAGAACAGCUAUUGCAGGUACGUGUAACGUGUUUAAACAAUUAAACGUAGUAAAUAUUACAAUAUUGAAUAUAUUAUAUAAUAUCAAUAUUAACUGUAAACUGUUACAAAUUAUUAAUUAUACAUUUAUACAGUAUUACACGACAGCGUACUCACUUAAUAGUCGUAAUCCGUAAUCACUAAUCGCCAUUCGGAACCUAAUCAUAAACGAUGUAAACUGUAAAAACCUAUAAAUAGUUUAAUGAUAUUGGAAUAAUAAACAAUAUGGUAUGUUAUAAGAAAACUAUCCGGAACAGGUAGAAUUUUCCAAUAUAAUUUGAUAAAGCAAAAGCACUCCGACAGAAAAUGUCUAUACGUAUUAUUCAAUAUAUUUUUAUAUAUUAAUAUUAUAAUAAUAAAUAAUAAAUCGAUAAUAAUAACAAUAAUAUUAUUACGCACUUUCAUGAAAAUGAGACUAAUUCUGAAUACGUUUAGUAUAAACUAUACAUAAUUUACGUUUGUGUGCUCUUAAAUUUUAAUGUUGUAGGGGGAGAAGUUAAAGUAUACUUUUCCCCCCCUUGGAUUAUAUCUGAGGGUUCAAUUGCCCCCUCUGGCCCCCUCUCCGACGCCACUGAAUAUGGCUUAAAUGUUUUGAACAUUUUACCACGUCUAGAAAAGGUAAAUGUUAGUUUUAAGUCCAUAUAGUCUCUACGAAUAUUAAAAGAAUUACAAUAAAUACCAAAAUUGAAAAAUAAUAAAAGCAUUAUUCGUAAAUUUCCUGUUUUUAUUACGUUUAAUCCUAGUUUUUCCCAGAUAUUAUGAAAACCGCUUAGAAACUAAAAAAAUGACCUCCCAAAAGUACCGUCUGGACAACAUUCCAUUUCUGAAAUGGUGCCACGCGUAUAUAUUUGAACAAGAUUUAUGGUAGAAUUUUUGUAUAUAGUAUAUAUAUUAUCUUAUAUCUUAGUAAAACCAAUACAUUUUCACUACGCUCAGAAUAUAAAAAUUAAAUUAAAUUGAAUAAAAAAUAUUCAAAUAAAUUUAGAAAUUGACCUGUGUUUUUAUCAUAAGUAUGUAAUUAUGAAAUUUAAAUUAAGCUGGCGUAAAACAUAUUUUUCACGUGAACAUGAAAAUUCAGUGGCGGCUCAUGCAAGGAUGCGAUGACACUCCCUACAUACAUUUUAAAGUAUAAUGUAAUUUAUAACUAUUAUCAAUUCGGUAUACUUAUAGUGAAUAAUAAUAGUCAGGCACGUAGCCAGACAUUUAUCCUGUUUGGCUCCUUAUUGUUUUUUGAACCCUCUACCACCUCUUUCCUUAUCAUACAAUAAACACAGGGAGAUUUUAUUUAUCAUGAACUAGUCUAUAUUUUGAAAAAUAUUACAUUUUUUGAAAAUAUUUUGCUUACAAAAUUCCAAGUCAUUACAAAACAACAUUAAAAAAAAAAUAUGUUUUUUAUUAUUAUUUUUUUCUAAGUUUUUUACUUUUUGAAUGACAACAUACAUUUUUAAUUUCAUAUUCCGAAGCAAAAUAUUUUUCGAUUAUAUCUAUACAUAAAAAUCGAAUUUCGGACGAAUAAGUUCUUAUUUUAUGGCAUUUUACACUAAUGAUACUAAGCAAAAAGCUGGACAAUUAUAUUUUAGAGCAUUUUAGUAAUUUCAGUACCUUACUUUAUCAAAAAUAAAUAUAAUAUUAAAUAAUAAAAUAAACAAAAUUCACAAACAAUUAAUAAUCAUAAAAAAACUUAACAAGAGAGCGAGAUAAAAUAAUAAGGUGGAUAAAAUUUUUCCCCUUCCCUUUUAGUCAAAAAUAACGAGAGGGUAAAAUUCGCCUGUUACCGAAUAUUUGCGAUUUUUUUGGCUUGCGAAAUUUAACCCCCCCCCCUCCACCCACUCAAGGUAAAAAUUGUCUGAGCUAAAAUUCAACUGUGACACCGGAAUGUAAAGUUGCCGUAAAUAUUAAUACAUUUUAAUCUUUGGGUUUUUCAUAAUUAUUAUGAAAACUACUUAGAAUAUCAAAAACAACUUUUUUUUUCAGUGACUAUAUAUUAAAAAGAACCUAAUUGAUCUUUGUUAUUAUUUGAUUGGAGCAAUAUUUCUGGUAUAAAACCUAUUUAAUUAAAAUUAAACCAAUGAAAUCGGUAAUGCCGUGGUGUGACGUAAAUAUUUGACGUUUUUCUCAAUUAUUUUGAAAACCCUUUGAAAAAUCAAAAACGACUUCUAAUAAAUCAACUAGAGAAAUCUCUAUCCCGGAAAAGAUAAUAUUUUUUUUAAUCAGAGCAAGAUUUCUGGUAGAAAAGUUGUUAACAGACAGAAAAAAUAAAAAUAUACACAUUGUAAAACCAAGACUCCUUACUACGCUCUUAAUCUAAAAAAAAGAUGUAUACAAACUCCAGCGAUAAUUGAUAAAUAGUAUGAUACUUAAUUGUGAAAUGAAAUCUAAAAGACCUUUUAAACUGCUUAAAUUAUUAAUUACUUCAUCAGGUGUUACAUGUUGUAGAUUGAAUGUAGGACGAAAAAGAAAAAGGCUCGAUAAACGUAUAUGAUCACAUCACUGUAGUAAUGAACGGACGACAACAAAAACAUAAAAUUAUAAGUUAGACAAGUAGAUAUUAGAAAACAAACAGUGAUAACAAAUUUAUUGUAAAUUGAUAUGGGAAUUAUAACAAUCCUUCCCAAUUUGUAAUAUAUAUAAUAAAUAAUAUAAAAAAGUAUCCUAGGUUAAUGCGGACGGGUGGCAUAUAAGCAAAGCGUACAUUGUUAGAGAUAUUAUGGAAAUCCCGUUUUCCGAUUGGCUCUAAUCACAACAAAAUAAAAAUUGCAUUAUCAGUUAUGAUUUUUAAAUUUUUCAGUUUGUAAAAAUUAAAAAGUGUUUCGUUUUAUUUAUAAACCGUUCAUAUGAUUAUUAUUAAAAUACCAUUCAUAUUAGAUCGAAAAAUCAUGAAUGGAAGAAAUAAUUUUUUUAGGUACAUGGUAAAUUAAUAUUACAUUAUUAUUUCAAGAUAAAAUAUUGUUUCAUAAUUAAAUACAUUAUUCAAUAAACUGUAUAAAAAAUUUAAACAUGAAAAAUACUCAUUAGAUGAAAAUAAAUAAAUUACAAAAGGUGAGAUAAGUAUACAUAUCAUGCAAAGGUACAUAAUUAUUUUUGGCCUCACAAUUUAUUAUGUAUGUAUAAAUCACAAUACUUUGCUUUCAUUGUCUGUUAAAAAAAAAAAAAGUUGUAUUAUAAUUUAAUGUUUCUGAUCAAUUUUUAGGUAAAAUUAGGUAAAAUAAUUAUCGUGUAGGUACUUAAAUAAAAAAAAAUUUAAAUAUAAAUUAAAAAUUCAUAUCUUGAUAAUUUAAUAAAGUUUAUAAUAAAAUAAUAUAAAAAACACAAAAAAAAAAUGUUUACUAACUGAUAAUGAAAUUAGUUAUCUCAUUGGGAUUAGAGCCAAUCAGUGAACAGGAUUUCCAUUAGGUUCUCUAACAUUGUACAUUUUGCUUAUAUGCGGUCCGCGUGCAGCAACUGUUAUAAGGUGAGACGUUGGGAAGGUAGUAAAAGGGUAAUUGAAUGUAUAUCUGUACGCAACGAUUAACCAUUGCUAACGAAAAAACGAUUCUGAGAGAAGUUCAGUUGAUAGAGUUCGGUUGAUAAUGUUGCUAUGUCAAUAAUUUAUCUGUUGUAUUAUUAUGAUAAAAUUACAUAUUCAUUAUAUAUUUUCUUUAGUAAUAUUUGUUUAAUAUUGUAUUGUAUAAUAUAUUCCCGGUUUUUCGCAUCUAUUGGGAAAAUUCCUAGAAAAAUCGAAAAAUGACUUCCCCAAAUUAUCACCUCAAUCAUAUUUGAUUUCAGAAAAAGUGUUAUCAUUGUAAAUCGGAGCUUAAUUGCUGGUAGAAAAGUUGUUGACAAGAAAAAAAGGGCCGUAAUAUUUUUAGAUUCUGAGUGAAAUGAAGAAGCCUAUGGUUUUACAAAAAUGUUUAAUUUCUUUUAUAGUUUUUUUUUUUUAUGUGAACAUUUUUUUCCAGAAAGCUUACUCCAAUGUAACCCUUAUCUGAAAGAAAAUUAACGUCAUUUUUGAUUUUUCUGGUAGCUUUUCCAAUGAGAGGGAAAAAGUGAAAAAAAAAACGGGAAAAUGUAUGAAAUAUAUUAGUAAAAUAUUAUGAUUUUUUUUUCUGUGGAUAACUUUUCUACCGGCAAUUUUACUCCGAUUUACAAUGACAGAAUUUUCUGAAAGGAAAUCGGAUUGGGAAGUUACUUUAGAAGGUCAUUUUUUUUUUAUUUCCCCAAGAAUUUUUUCCGCAAAUAUGAAAAAUUCGGAAAAACAUGAGAAAAACGUAAGAAAAAUGGGAAAAUCGGUACAAUAUUAAACAAAUAUUAUUAAAUAAAAUAUAUAACGCCUAGUUAAUUUUUUCACCAUAAUAUGACAUAUAUAUUGUUGACAAAAUAUCACUAUCAACUGUACUCCGCUUAGAGAUGUUUUUUCGUUAGCAAUGAUUUAUCGUUGCUACAGAUAUACUUUAAAUUCCCUUCUGUAUCCUACACUCAACUUUCCACCUACAACAGUGGCUGCGCCCAUUCCUAUUAUAUUAGGAAAGAUUUUAAACUUUAAUACAUACAUUUCGUACAUUUUCCCGGUUUCUCUCAUUUAUUGAGAAAAAUCUUGAGAAAAUAAAAAAAUUACAUUAUUAAAGUACCACUCCAAUCAGGUUUCCUUUCAAAAAAAGUACGAAACUUGUAAAUCGGAGCAAGAUUUCUAGUAGAAAAGUUAUUCACAGAUAAAAAAAAAAUAAAUACAUAUUAUUGUUAAACCAAUACAUUCCUCGUUCCAAUCGGAAUCUAAGAAAAGUAUCAAUAUAUGCAUACGAGUAAUACAUUUCUAAAUAGCAAUCAAUAAUGAAACAAGAAAAAUAAUUUAAAUAUUUUAACUAAUUAUAAGUUGCACUCAAAUUCUAAUCCAAUUGAGUAAAAUAAAAAUAUAAACGAGGUGAUUAAUUAUUAUCCAUGACUAAUCCUAAAUAAUUUUUCAUACAUUUUUAUUGAUUUUUUUUAAUGUAGUUAAAAAUCAUCAGGACAAUGAGAAAAAUAUUUAAAAAAAUAUUCAAGUUAAACUUCCCUUUAAAAUUGACUUAAGUUAAUUUGUGCCAAAUAUGGCACAACGCGCACUAAUUGUAUAUUUGUGUCAUAUAUGGCCACCAUGCAUAAAAUAGUACAAUUUUUAUGUGUGCCAUAUUCGGCCUUUAUACAUGAAACAUUAAAAUUUUUACUUAUGCUAUUUCAGGGAACAUGUACCCAAAAUAUAUUUUUAUCAUUAUUGAUACUAAAGCAAUAGUCUAAGUGACACUUAUACAUUUUCAAAUUUAUUUUUCACAAAUAACUUAACACAUGUUAUAAGUAUAUUUAUUAAACAGUCUAAUGUUUUUUUAUAUAACAAAUUAAAUUUUCAGUAUACAAAUUUAAAAUAUUAUCUGAAAUUAAUUUAACAUUCUGAAGUUGGUAGUUAAAUUUUGAUAUUUUCAAAAAAUUCAAAAGAUUCUUUUUGAAUUUAAAAUGAAACUAGUGAUAAUAAACUGUAUAUAUGUUGUGACAUAUUAUGUGGUACACAACAACAUUAUAUUAUUAUAUUUCUUGUAUCAGUCGCGUAUAAUCCCCCCCCCUCUAAAUUAUUUUCAAUAUACGCCAUUGCCUCGUUUGCAUGGUGUGCCAUAUUUGGCAUAUAAUAACAAUAUAAUAUUUUAUGCCAAUUGCAUCCAUAUUUGGUACACAAUAAGUUAAUGAUAAAUUUAAAAAAGUACUAUACUUAGAAAUCUUUAACUACUUUUAAAUGAUUUCUUUUUUUUGGAUCAGUAGUGUAAAUGUUUGUAAUGAUAACAUGAAAUUAGUGGAAAUCACUCUAUACAAUACUAAUGUUUUCAGCUGAUUAUUUUUCUUCUGUAGUUAAUAAUUUUAUCGCUAGAUAGAUGUACCUUAUGUCAAAAUUGUUCGCUUUUUUGUGCCGAAUCUGGCUAUCUAUAUGUAAUAAUAUUGUAACAUUAUUUUCAAAGACAGAAACUAAGAAAAGCUAAUUCGUGCCAUAAAUGGCACAAUAUGCAUGAAGGGGAAAAAUUGACGUCGGUAAAGAAUUUAUGAGUAUAUCAGUUUUUUGUUCAAAUUAGUAUUUGUGUAGUACCUCUAAAUUGUCGGCAUGAGUAUUUUCUUGCACAAAAUAAUAUUUUAUAUCUAUAUAUUUUUAACGCUGGUGUGUUCUAGGUUCCCGAAAUAUGUUGAUGAUAGAUAAGUUGUUUUCAAAAAUAGUGGUUGGUUUUGACAAUCUUAUACCCAUUAUCAAUAAAAAAAAACCCUCUAAGCUAAACACAUUCAAUUGUAACUGACGCAGAGUGAUCUAAAUCGUAAUUAAGCUUCCCUAAAUUAAUUGCCCUUAAAUUUUAACUGUAUGAUAGUAUGAUAUAUCAAAUCUAUUAUUUUUGAGGACGAUUAACCCAAAUUUCGUAUUCGUUUUUUAAUUGACCAUUUAAUUUAGACAUUUUAUAAAACUGAGUUAGGUAGUAAAAGUUGAUAGAAAAUUUCCAAUUUAUAAAAUUAGAUAUUGAUAGUAAAAUUAUAUAUUUUACACUUUACACUUUGAUAUUUGUCAGUUACUAAUUCCCACAAAAUAAUAUAAUAUUAUAUUGUGCACGUUCAAAAUAAAUAGACAAAAAGUAAUAAUAAUACCACAAAAUAAUAUAGACAACAUAAAAAUAUAAUAUUGCGACUAAUAAUGUGUUAUAUGUAGUGGAUAGUGCGGAAAUUACAAAUCCAGAGUAAAAGAAAAAAAAAUAUAACGCUGUAUAAAUUUAAAGAGUAUAAUAUCUUAUAUAACCAACAUUUGUGGAAAUACUGGUCGACAUUUACACUGUACAAAUGACUAAACGUGAAAAAUUGAACAAUGCGCGUUAAGGUGUCCCCCACUGGCAUACAGCUAGGUGCGUCCCUGAGAAGAGGGGACGAUUGACUUCCCCUCAUAAGCCAUGUGGUGUUCUCUUUUGUUAUUCAAAAUAUCCAAAAUUCUUAAGUGCAAAUAAGUACAAAUGCAACUGGUUCCAAAUGCCAUAAAGAUGAUUGAUAAUAAAGAUAAUCUUGAAAAUACUUUGAUUGAAACAUGAAUUAAACACUUUUCAUUUAUAAAUUGUAAUAUAGUAUAAUAUAUUAAUUAUUUAUCUAUAUAAUAUUUAUAGAUAAGUAAAACUUCUGUUUAGUUCAAUAAAUAACACAUUUUAAAAUUAUUUUAUUAAACUAAAACUUGUAUAUCAAUAAAAGAGACAUAUUGUAUUAAUUAUUGUCAAUAACCAGUCAUUAAUUUGUAUUAAAAAGCAAUUGGUAAGUAGUAUAAAGAAAAUAAUUAUAAACAUUGAAUAUUUUUUUAUCAUAGUGCAAAAUAGUACUAAGUAUACAGUACCUAUAUACCACCAGUUCAUCAUAUUAUGAACAAAUACAUUUUAUUUCGGAUUGAUUUUAUUUUUUGCGUCUUAUAUACGAUAUCAUAUGAUUUUACAAUGUGCUUUUAUGAAUUUUCCUAGUGUGAUAUAAAUUAUAACAAUUUGAAGAAAAAUAAAGCCAUGGGGGUGACUGUCCCAUUCGCCCCCUCCCCGAGGACGCCCCUGCCUACUAUAUAUAUUCAAUGUCAAUAUUAUAUUAUUUAAUCAAUGUCAUCAAUCUAUAAUUUGCAUAAAGGUACGGUUUCCAAGGCGCGGCUAGCCGCGGCGGCCGAUCGCCGUGACCAGCCGUCACGAUCAGCCGCCGAAGUCUGACUGGUUCCCUAGACAUACAAAUCGCCGCGGCUCUAAACAUAAUUUCAUUAUUUGUUUAGUCCUACUUCUCAUUAUGUUGUGUUAAGACGUAUAUUUAAAGUGUUAAACCAUGUCCGAUUUAUUGUGCAUUUUCAAUAUUAACAAAAUUAUCAUUGAUUUGCUUCAAGAAAAGGAGGAAGAAGAUAAUUUAUUUUUACGUACUUAUUUAAAUCCAAAUAAAAGGAAACCAACUAACGUUUUAUUUAAAAAUCAUGUGUUUGAAGGUUAUUUUGAAAUUUUAUUAUAUUAUAAUACUAAAAUAUUAUUAUAUGUUCAAUAUUAUAAUUAUUAUUCAAUACUACAAUAAUUAUUAUAAUGCAAUACUAGAAUAUUAAUUAAAUUAUGGAAAUGUAUACUAUAUGUCGAUAUACUACUAUCAGCGACUGCAAAAGUUUUAACACAAACACUAUUUUCGACUAGAGCCGCCGGCCGCGGCGGCUCUAGUUCAGUCGCGAGCCGCAGCCGCGCAUUGGAAAUUAAUCUAUAGGUACUACGUGUAAACAAUGUUCAUGCAAAAGCCGCGCCUUGGAAACCGUACCUUAACACACAUUCUAAAACAACGUGUUCUGUUUGUAUUUGAUAAAACUGAUUUUCUUACAAAAUAUGUUUUCAGUCAAUUAUUUUUCGAAAAAAAACGUUUCUGAUAAACUAUUUUUCUAGUAUUUUAUUUUCGUAUGCAUUUUUUUGAUAAAUACUUUUUUAUUCAAAUAUUUUUUUUGCUCGAAUAAUAUUUGUGAACAUAUUUUCGAAUAAAAUAAAAGCCACCGAAGAUGGUGGUAAUCGCUUACAACGAUAACUUCUCGAUCUGAGUCCAUACAAUUUUUCUUUAUUAGACAUUUUCGUUAUCAAGAUAGUCGAACUGACCCGAAUCUUGAAUUAAUUAUUAUUUCUAUCGAACAUUAUUAUUCUUAUUAUAAAAUGAUACCGUCCAAGGGAGUGGGGGGGGUGGUCCAGACUCCAGACCCGGGUUCCCCUCUUCUGAUUGCGCCACUGUCUAGAUUCCAGACCUUUUUAAAUUUAAUGCAAUUUUUAGUUACCUAAUCAAUAUGAAAUGCAAAACACCAAAUGUAAAAUAUGUCACAUUAUCAAUAUUUGUUUAUUAUUAUUAAGUUAGGUCGUUAAUGUUAUGUGCUAAUCAAAUUGUGUGAUAUAGUUAAUAUGGUAUAUUUUUCUUGAUAUUUUUAAUACAUAAUCAUAUUACCAUCCCCCAAACUAGUUAUAUCACUGAUGUAAAUAUAUUUUAAUAUAUGGUAUAAUAAUUUUGUUAUUUAAUUUUUCAUCAGGUGUAAAACCAAACCUGGAUAAAGAAGUUGAUAGGUUUCAAAAUUUCCUAUAUGCUAUUGGUGUUAAGCAGUUAUUUUCGGUGCUCGAAAAAAAUAAGUCACUGACUACUUUUGAAAGUCGCUUGAAUACAUUCGAAGACUGCACAACAUAUACAGGACAUGACAUUUUUAAUCUUUGUAAAGCAGGAUUUUAUUUUAUGGGUAAAUAUAAUAUUAUAUAAUACAUUUGUAAUAUUUUAAGAUUCUAUUAAUAUUAUAAGAAUAUUGAAUAAGAAUGUUGUUAUUAAUUUGUUUACUUUAUGUUGUUUUUAAUCUUCAAGAGGGCGAUGAAUCUGAAGAUAAGCUGCUUUGUUUCUGCUGUAACCAAGUUCUUCCCUCUUGGAAAAACAAUGAAAAUCCUUGGAUAAGACACUCACAUAUAUCUCCUAAUUGUAGUUUUAUACAGCUUACUAUGGGUAGACAAUAUGUGAAAAGAAAUUCUGAAGCUAUGCUGGCAUUGGGGCAUGUUAUGUUGGAUGUGAAACCUAAGGUUAGUAUUUCACUAAUAGUUUUAGUCGUUUAAAACAGAUUAAUCCAAAAAUCAAUUUAAUAGGUAAUCUAUGGGGUAAAAUAUUUAUAAAAUCCCACAAGUAAUAAUAAUAAGAAAAAAAAAAUCUUAUUCAAAAAUGUUACUGCCAUUCUAAAUAAUCUAAUAUUAAUUAAAUGUUUAUAAAAUUAUCAUAAUAUUUUUUUUUAUAAAUUUUUCUGUAAAAAUAUUGUAAGAUUAGUUCGUGUUUUUAAUUUGUAAAUUUGUAAGUUAUUUUUGUGAGUAUAUUAAUUUCUAAUUAUUAAUUAUUCUUAUUACAAUUGUGUAUUGUUGUUUUAUAGAUACCUUUCACUAACGGGAACAAUAAUACAACUAAUUCGACAAAGAGGUUUGUUUAAUACAUAUUCUAUUGAUACUGAUAAAAUUGUUUUUAUUACAAAAAUGAUUACAAAAUAAAUAUUGGUUGAUCUUGGGACGGAAGAAAAAUAAAUUUAAAUGGUGUUCUAAACAAGAUAUGUAUGUCACCACAAACUAUCGUGGUGAAUAGCGCGCUAUAUGACCUACAUACAUACCAAAUACUCCAAUCAUAUUUUACCACAAGCAUCUACAGAGAGAAACCGCCGAAUGGUUGCAAGAUGGCAGCCUUAAGCUCUUAUCAUAUUUUUAUCAUCUUAUGUCUUAUCUUCACAAACAUUUAUCACUAUCUCAUGAGAUUAUCAAAUAUCAAUAUUAUUAAUAUAUAAGUAAAUGAAAACAUGUUAUUAUUGUUAAUACUCGUAUAUAACUUUAUAUAUAUAUAUUCAUAUUUUUUUGGUGUAUGCCAAAAGAUAGCAUGCAUUGCGACCCCCCUCCCCCUAAUUAAUAAUAUUACCACCUAUAACUGUGACUGGCGACUUCUAUCGAUUUGAAGAAAUGUUGAAAUAUAAUAUGUUAUAUUAUUAUUUCCACAUUAAAUCAUUAAAACCUAGGUAUAUAUUUUAAAAGAGUUAGCCAUUUCUAGGAAAGUAGAGGUUAUAGGUAUUCAUGUCGUUUAUUCUAAGUAGGCAGUCCUGAUAAGAACCGUUUAUUUUAUUGUGAUAUAAACCUUUUUUUUUACUGUCUAGUCUUGAUCAAUCCACUAUAUCUUAGCCUGUGAUAGAUAUGCAAAUAAAUGUAUAAUAUGGCUCAUUGGAAUAUUUGGUGCAUAUUUUGGUCAUACUGCGCGCUAUAUACUACGAUAGUUUGUGGUGAUACAUAUACCUUGUUUCGUAUAUUCUCAUUUCAAUGUGAUACGAAAUAGUUUUUUCGUUUAUUAAUAUUUUAUACUCUAUUCACCGUAAGUUAACCCACAAAGUCCAUCCGUAAGUCGACGAAAACUCCUCGAAAAAAAUCCUCUGUUUGCUGCACGGUCGGGUAGCAGCCUACUGCCUACUACAAUGAGCAACAAUGAACCGCCGACCAAUCAUAGACCACAGUAUACAUGCGUGUAAACGGAUCAACUUUUAGUGGACAGAGUAUAGUGUUGAUAAUACAUCAAAAUCCACUUUUUGAAAUUCUCAUUAAUAUUCGAGAAAAUGACAACAAUCUGGUUCAUUAGGUUAAAAAAGAUUGAAAGAUUAAAAAUAAGGAAGUCAUUGUCAAAUGUUUUUAUUUAUAUUUGUUAUUAUUAAGUUUUUAUUAUUUUUAUCUUUUUUAAACAAUGAUUGUUUUAAUAAUUUUACCAUAAUAUGACAUAUAUUGUUGACGAAGCAACACUAUCAACUGAACUUCUCUCAGAAGUUUCAUCGGUUUUUCGUUAGCAAUGGCUUAUCGUUGCUUACAGAUACGCAUUAAAUUUCCCCUCUACUAUAUUCCCAACUUCUCACUUACAAAAAUGAAUGCACCCACUUACGAAGUAUGUAUGUCCUUUUUUUAUAUAUAUACAAGUAAAUGAUAUGAAUUAUAAUGGCAAUGGGUUUUUUCACUUUACACUUAUUUUAUUCUUUUUACCAUAUUUUUACUUUUUAGGUACAGUGGUGAUGCAAAACUGUUAUCAAGAAAGAAAUUGAAACUUGAUCAUACCUAUUCAUUGAACUAUUCUGAAAAAAUUACAAAUAAUACUAUACCAGACUCCAUGCUUUGCAAAAUUUGCCUCAAAGAACCAUUGGCAGUUAUUUUCAUUCCUUGUGGUCAUAUAAUUGCUUGUAUCGCAUGUGCCGUAACCUUGGAUGAAUGUGCUGUAUGCAGAGAAACAUUUACUAUUACUUUAAGAAUAUUCGUGGAUUUUAAAGAGAUAAAAAACAAUAAUAGUGGGUUAGCUUGUUUACCACCACAAAAUACUUCACAAUCUACCAGUCCUAAUUCAAUGCUUUGUAAGAUGUGCCGCAAAGAAGAAAUAAGUGUUGCUUUUGUGCCAUGUAGACACGUAGUCUGCUGUUUUGAAUGUGCCGUGAAAAAUGUUUCAUGUUGUGUAUGCUCCACACCAUUUUAUGCCUUAAUACAAGUAUACUUGUAAACUUUGUCAACUGCCCAAUUAAAAUAAAGCUAUAACAGAAAAAACGAAUAACAGAAAUAAAUAAGGUUUUAAUUAUAUUUUUAAGCCUGCAUAAAAAAAAUGAUAAAAGUAAACAAUUAAUUAUUUCUGAUUUUUAUUAAAUAUAAUUUUAGAUUAGCCAAUGGAAUAAAAAUUAAAACUUAAAUUGCAAUUCCAGGAAUUAAUUUUCUCAAUAUAAUUUGACCUUCAUUAGCUUUUUUCUUAAUUUUAUUCAUCUCAAAUGUAUAUAUUUUAAGCAUUUAAUUAAAGAUUUGUAUAUAUGUCCGUAUAUAAUUUGUUUGUUUUAAAUUAUUCUAUACAAUUUAUAUAUGGGUUUUUUCAAUAUAAAUGGGAAAAUUUAAUGUAAAUAUUAAACACCCUUUCUUAUCAACAACUAUUAGUCAUAUUUAAUGGAAUCUAUUGAGUGUUUAAUUUAAGAUAUAUAAGUUUCAUAUAGUUAGCUUGAAUUUAUUAUUAUUAUUACAAAUACAAAUACAAUAUUUAUUAAUACAAAUUUAGAAGUGAUUAAUUUAAGUGGAAGAAUUGUUUUUUUAAUAGUUACAGUUCGAUAGUAAUAUUUGAAUUUAUUGAAUAUAUAUUUUAAGUGCUACAUUAUAGACUUAUUAUUAUUAUUAUUUUUUAUUAAAUUUGUUUGCUGUUAUAAAUUGUCAAGUACAAUUUAUUAUACUGUUUGAUAUGAAUGAAAGAAAUAUUACUAUUCUAAUAUACUGCAAACUUUUAAACUUUUAUUUUAUAAAUAAUUUGUCUCCUAAUCAAAUAUGAUUAAAUUUAAUAUUUAUGUUUUUUAAUACAUUUAUUUUUAAAGACUGUAAAUAUUUUAUUUUAUUUAAUUUAGAAGUGAUUAAUUUUUAGAGGAAUAAUUUAUAUUAUUUAAUCAUCAUCAAAUUUUCUUUUUCUUGGACAACUGAUCUCUUGUAGUAAUAUUUGAAUAUAUUGAAUAUAUAUCUUAAGUGAAACUUAAUUUAUUUUAUAUUCAAUUUGCUUAUUUGUUACAAAUUGUUCAAUACAAUUUAUUUAAAAGUAUUUGAUAUGAAUGAAAUAGAUAUUAUUAUCCUAAUAUUAUACUGUGGGAAUGUUCCAUUCUACCCAUAUAUUGUAAUAUUAAUUAAUUUUUUUUCAUAGAUAACUUGUCUCCUAGUCAUAUUUGAUUGAUGUUUAUUAUAGUACCUAUGUUUAUUUUAAGAUACUAUUUCUUUAAAGAAAUAUAUAAAUAUUUUAUAUUAUAUUGGCUUGUAUUAAUAGUAUUCAAAACUAAUUUAGAAGUGAUAAUUUAAGUGGAAGAAUAAAUUAUAUUAUAUAAUCUUCAUCAACCUUUUAUUUUUCAUUGACAAUAGGUCUCCCAUAGUAAUAUUUCGAUAUAUAUUCAGUGUAUAAGUGUAUACCUAUCUCAAUCAUUACAUUAAAGAAAUGUAAAUGUUUUGUUUAAUAUAAAAUGUAUUUGUUACAAAUUAUUGUUUAAUACAAUUUACUUAUAAGUGUUUAACACAAAUAAAAGGAAUAUUAUCCUAUUAUAUUAUAAUAAUAAACCACUUUUUUCUUAGUUAUAUUAUUUAUUAAAUUUAAUAUUGAGUGUUUUUCUUUAAGAUAAAAAUAUUUAAAAAAAAUGUAAUAAUUUCAUAAAAUAUUGAAUUAUUUAAUAAUAUACUAUUAUAAUCUUCAUUAGCUUGUAAAAAUUGUCUAAUUCUCUGUUUAAUGUGCCAUUUAAUCUUUUAUUAUGUAAACAAUUUAUGUUUACCUUAAUUGUUAUGGUUUGCAAAUAAUUAGUUGUAGACAAUAAGUAUUGUAAUCACUUAAACUGUAGUGUAAAAAUAAAAUAAUAAAUAAUUUUUUCC